AUGCGAUAUACUCUGGGCAGGAACCUCUGUGCUGAAGGCCCGCGUCGCCAUCUCCGGAAGCCGGCAGCCCACUUCACCGUCGCCUCCUCGGUCGCUGCCGCUUUUCCCUCGCAGUACGAGGCGACCACCGAGUGCUACACGGACAUCGCGGACGAGAGUGCGGGCGUUCGCGCGGUCACUGUCACGUCUCGGCCCGUCCUCGACAUCGACCCGACCGCCCUCAUCGCCGCUCCAGUCGACGCGGCGUUCGACCCGGCCAUGUGCAUGCCGACAGCCCACUUCACCGUCGCCUCCUCGGUCGCUGCCGCUUCCCUCGCAGCGACCACCGAGUGCUACACGGACAUCGCGGACGAGAGUGCGGGCGUUCGCGCGGUCACUGUCACGUCUCGGCCCGUCCUCGACAUCGACCCGACCGCCCUCAUCGCCGCUCCAGUCGACGCGGCGUUCGACCCGGCCAUGUUCUACUUCUUCGUCGGCAUCGCCAUCGUCUGCGACGACUUCUACGCCGAGGCGAUCGAUGAGGUCGAGUCGGACGAGGGCGUCGGCGACAUUGUCGCCGCGCCGCCGUCUUCAACUGGAUGA